AUGCGUCUGAUCACCCUCCUCUCGUUGGGUUCCCUCGGCCUCAAGCAGGCGCUGGCUUUGGGCGACCCACAAGUAGUCUAUUUCCCAACAACAGACCAGCUCUCAGCGAGAGAGUAUUCAUAUCUCCCUUCUCACCACUCCCAACAGGCGGCAUUCGACUAUCCCAGCUCUGACAAGGCGGAAGAUGGCUUCAUCCUUGCUGCGGCGCACCAUCGGUACACGGCCCCACUCCUACUCUCCUCCAAAGAAGACCAGGCAAUUCAUCGCGCUGCCCGGACCUUUGUCGAUGACGUUUUUAAAGUCACCGGUCAUCGACCCGAUAUUUACAACGACACACUACCCAGCAAUGUCGAAAGGGCUAUCAUUGUGGGCAGUCUCAAGAGCCCUAUUAUUGUGCGGGAGCUUCGGGCGCAAGAAGGGGUGAGGGCGGAGCUGGAUGGAAAGUGGGAAAGCUAUGAUAUUCGGUGUCUCUUAUCUCCUCUUCAGGGGUUGGAAGAGUCCCUCGUCUUGACCGGGUCAGACAAGAGAGGUACGAUAUACGCUCUCUACGCCCUCUCCGCCCAGUUCGGUAUAUCUCCCUUCCACUUCUUUUCCGACGUGCCCUACCCCCAACACUCCAUCAUCGCGUUCGACAAGUCCCAGGUCCUGUCUCAUGGCGAGCCAACGGUCAAGUAUAGAGGGCUGUUCAUUAAUGAUGAGCACCCGGCGCUUUGGGGCUGGGCGAUGGAGCACUGGAGCAAGGAGCGAUGGGAGCCGGCUUUGGUGGUGGAGUUCUACGAGAAGUGGUUCGAGAUGAUGCUGAGGCUGAAUGCAAACUACUUUUGGCCAGCUAUGUGGGCAUCCCAGUUCUACUCUGACGGCCUUCCACCCAACUCCUCCGCCAGUACCCCUGGCCCAAACCUCCUCCUUGCCGCCUCCUUCGGCCUCGUCCCCGGUACAUCCCACCACGAACCCAUGGGCCGUAACAAGCCCGAAUGGGAUGCUUCUCACCACGGUGCAUGGGAUUGGACGGAGAACAAACAAGAGAUGGAGGAGUUUUGGAGGGCAGGAGCGGAGAGGGGCGCGGAGGCGGGUGCAGAUAUUGUCUAUACGAUGGGUAUGAGAGGAGACGGUGACGAACCUUUGCAGGGGGCAAGCAAUGCUUUGGUGCAAAAUAUCACAAGCGUCCAGCAAGAGAUACUCAAGGACGUCUACAAGACUGACGAUCUCGAGUCCAAGGGAGUGGGUCAAGUAUGGUGCAUGUACAAGGAAGUGGCGGGGUACUAUCAGAGCGGGCUUGAAGUCCCUGAUGAUGUCACCGCACUCUUCGCUGAUGACAACUAUGGUAACAUCGUAUCUGUCCUUCCUCCCGAACGAGAAGGACACAAGGCCGGUGCUGGUAUCUACUAUCAUCUUGAUUCAUGGGACCAAAUGAACAUUGCCCGCGCAUUCAACACUACCCAAAUCUGGAUUGUCAACAUCGGUACUCUCAAGCCGCUGGAGCAGCCUACAGAAUGGUUCCUCGACUUGGCUUGGGACUCUGAGAGAUGGCCUAGGGGGAGCUGGAGAGAGUGGAGGGAACAGUGGGCGAAGAGAGAGUUCGGGGUCGGGGAGGAGGUGGGUAGAGAAGUGGGCGAUAUCCUGGGCCGAUAUGAGUUGCUGGCGUCGAGAAGAAAAGCAGAGCUCGUUGACGCGGAGACGUGGUCUAUCAUCAACUAUAACGAGGCCGAGAUCGUGCUCGCUGAAUGGACCAGCCUCACCGAACGCGCCACAAAAGUCUACGACCACCUUCCCGAGGAGAGGCGAGCGGCAUUCUUCGAGCUUGUCCUCAUGUUGUGUGCUGCUCAAGCCAACUUGAACAAGCUGCAUAUUGCUGUGGCAAGAUCAAAAUUGUACGCCUAUCAAGCUAGGACAGCUGCGAAUGUCUUUGCCCGAGAGGCUAUCGAUGCUUUCCAUCAGGAUGCAAACAUCACCGAGACAUUCCAUGCUUUGCUGGAUCGUAAAUGGGACCACAUGUGGGACCAAUCUCACAUCAACUACUACGAAGCUCUGGAACCAGUCCGUGACUCUCUCCCUCCCAUCCACUUUGUGAACCCCAACCAACCCGUCUUCCCUGGCAUUCCCCUCAGGCCACAAGAUUUCCCAGGCCAAGUAGCACAUAUGCGCGUCACUGUGGAAAACUCGUUCGGCGCCUGGCCGGGCAAUACCUUCCUCAAUUGCCCACAGAUGCUUCAUUGCGCGGAUCCGACUUUGAAGACGCUUGAUCCGUGGGGAGAGGAGAAGCGGUGGGUCGAUAUAGGAGCGGGUGGGCCGAGGGAUGUCGAAUGGACUGCAGAGGGGAGUGAUGAGUGGGUUAUCGUCCAUCCGAAGCGCGGAAAGACGAAGAGGGAUGGCUCGGCGGACGAGAGAGUCUGGAUCUCAAUCGACUGGGAUAACGUCCCUCGAAACUUGGAAGGAAAAUCUGUCAGACUCGAAAGCCGUGUCGAGAUCAAGGGAAACGACUACACCAACGUGACUGUCACCAUCCCCAUCUUCAUCCCGUCCGACAUUCCAUCCUCAUUCUCGGGCCACGUCGAAGGCGACGGAUACGUUGUCAUCGAAGCGCCUCACUUCUCGCGCAACUCUUCUUCCUCGGGCUACGCUUUCGAAGUGCUCGAGGGGUAUGGACGAACGCUAGGAGGGAUGGAGGUGUUCCCUGCCACCACUCACAACUUUUCCUUGGAUAAAGGGCCCAAGCUGGAGUAUGAUUUCUGGACGCAUGAGGGUGGGGUGAAAGACGGCGAGGAUGUGGAGAUUACCGUUCAGCUCGGCCCAACACUUAACUUUCUCCAAGGGCGUGAGCUUGCUUUCGGUCUUCAGCUCGACGACUUCCCACCCCGAGAGAUCCAUCCCAUACCCACCAAACACCUCGGAGAGUCUGAUCAGAGUAAAGUCGGAUCGGUGCCGGCUGACUGGAUGGAAUCGGUCAGUCAAGAGAUCAGGAACGUUACGAUGAAGGUGGAGAGGGAUGAAGGAUGGGAGAGCGGAGAGCAUACGAUGACCAUAUGGGGGAUGACGGCGGGCAUUGUGGUGGAGAGGAUAUGGGUCGAUCUGGGUGGCAUUAGGGAUAGGGGCUACAGCUAUCUCGGGCCCCCUGAAAGCAAAAGAGUAGUAUAA